UGUAGUCAUCGCAAUACAUUGGGCAUUGGGAUCGAUUUACUUUCUAGCUCAGUGAAAAUAGUAAACGUUUUGCAAUAAAAAUGGCAAAUUUCAUGCAAAAGAGUGUGGUAAACUAUGCCUGUACUUGUGGUUUAGUGAACCCAAUAAGCAAACUAUUUUUCUGUCGGCACUGCUUGAAGCUGAGGUGUGGUUUUUGCGUCUGCCACGAAGUUGACUCGCAUUUCUGUUCCAAUUGCUUGGAAAACAUUCCGUCGUCGGAAGCAAAGCACAAAAAGAAUUGCUGCACCAAUUGUUUCAAUUGUCCAUGCUGCCAACAUACUUUAUCCGCCCGAGCUACCAUGGUUGUGGUUUCGAAGAAAUCUGACGAACCUCCUAAAGAGGGCGAAGGUGACAACACCAAGAUCGUGACGAAAAAGAUGUAUUAUCUCUCUUGUUUGGGCUGUCGCUGGACAUCGCGUGAUGUCGGCAUACCAGAUCAGUCAGUUGCGACUGGCGCAUGGCCGGAAAAUGAGUGUUCUUACCAGACACGCUUUAAUUCUUUGUUGGAAUACUACCAAGCCGUUGUUUUGCAAGAUAAGCAAGAAAAACAAGAAUAUUUAAGACGUAAAACACCAAAGGCGCAUAAAUUUCCUAGUUUGACGGAUCGCACUGGUUUGACUGUUUCGAUGAUACGUCGCCAAAUCGGCUGGCCCGAUAAAAAUACUCAAAAGGCAAAACCUGUAAAUAUCACACCGUCAAUUGCCACAGAUGAGCUUGAUGCGUUACCUAAUGAAGUAUUCUCACAGGCUAUAAAUCUGCGAAACGUCAGUAACAUUAAGCAACGCCAUGGUCAACCGUCCGAUCAGCCUUUCACUGUAAACAAGUUAUAUCCACAGCGUAGAAUUCUAUGGAUUAAACGUUCGUUACGAUGUCGCCAAUGCGAACAUAAUGUUAUUAAACCGGAGUAUCAUCCAACAUCAGUAAAAUACCGCAUCCAAUUGUUCGCCAAUUAUCAUGUGCCAGACGUAUUACUCGUACGCAAUGAACAGCUAUUGUAUGCCGGAAGAUCUAGCUCAAUCAUUCUGAAACUUACUAAUCCAACAAUGCAUGAUAUGUCCAUUACAAUAAAACCAUUGCCGAACCAUGCAGAGGAGCUAGAAUUGAUUGAAGAGUUUAAGCUCGCAUGCAAGAUAAAGGAAAAUACAGCCACUAGUGCAGCUGCUGAAUCGUUGAAAUCGAUAACGAGUUCGCCAUCAUUGACUAGCACUACACUUUCGCGACAAACUUCUCUCAUAGAGGAUCCACGCAUAGUGCAGCAGAAGGCCAACGCAAAAUUGGACAAUAAUGAGAUAAAUUUUGUGCUCAAUCAACGCGAUGAUUCUACCGAAUUCGAUGAAGAUGUGCAAACGCCUCGAGAGGAGCCAGAGUUUAUAAUUUGGCGCAAAUCAAAUAAGGCAUCAGUAAGGCUGAACUUCACAACCGAUGAAUCAUUGAAAGCAGGCGAUUUCGUUAAAUUGGGUUUCACAAUGGAAUAUACCUACGUAAAUACGGUGACCAAUGCACCAACUUCGCAUAAGUUGAACGCACGGGUGUUUAUCGAUGCUGGGCAAAUUGUUGCAGCUUAAAAACAUUUUUUUUUUUGUUUUAUCAGAUCGGAAAAAAGAAUAUCAGUAUAAUUUAUAUAUGUAUAUGUAACGAAUAUGCGUUUCGCAACCUUUGCUCUAAUCAUUCAAAUUUUGUUCUUGUUUCGUCUGUCACCACGAGUGUUGCAUGCUCAUGGUGGCUCCAAAAUUAGGUUGAUAUCAUUAAUUAUCAUUGCUAAGGAGUUCUUAACAGUUCUGCCUAGAAUUUUGGUACUCGAAACUUGAGCAAGUUUAUGUAUUUAUUUCAAGAAGUCAAGAAAAUACAUUUCGGACUGACUACUAAAACUAAAGAAUAAUAAAAAAAUAAACAUAAUUCAAUUGCAAACUUACAUCUACCUAAAAUAUACAAGCUUACCUCUAACUUACUAAAAGAUACGCGUUUAAUAGUAUAGAAAAUUCUUUCUUAGAAAUUAUUAAUUAAAAUCUAAUGAAGUGGAAAUCUCAUUAUAAUCACGAAGAGUACGUUCAGUACAAGCAUUACAA